AUGAUGCCGUUAGAUGCAACUCGUCAACCUUAUCAAAAGUUUGUACUUGAUAAAAUAUUUAAAAAAAUUGAACAAAGACUUAAUGAGCCACAGAUCACACAUGGCAUUGUCGUUACAAUUCCAGCCUCAAAGUUCGAAGCGCUAAUUGUUUUACCAAUAACUAUUUCUCAAUCAAAUACAUUAUAUCGUCUUGUUAAAGCUCAAACAUCAAAGAAUCCUGAAUUGACUUAUAUUUAUUGGCAAGCUAUGAAUGGUGAUAUGAUGUUAGCAAUAUUCAAUGAAGAGAUAAGUCCAGACAAAGAUCAAUCUAAUCUUCAAUGUCUCAUAUGUUAUGUUGCUGCAAAACCAUCGACAGUUACAGAAGAUUAUCAUCAAGUCUAUUCAUAUUUACAUGAUGGUAGUCCAUAUCAACAUGAAACUAAUGUUCAUACAAAUCAA